AUGACCCUCCGGCUCCCGGGGUCGCUCGUCAACAGAGCUUUGCGCAGCCGACUUCUCUCUGCGCAACAACACCGUGCUGCAACUGCGGCCCAACAACUUCCACAGACAUGGAUCGCAUUAAAAAACAGCAGAGCUGCUUCUACCACCUCCGAAUGGAAUAGACCUCGCCGCCCUGAAGGCUCCGAACGCUCCGAACGCUCCGAACGUCCUAAACGCCCCGAACGCCGCGAUCGCAGCGAAUAUCCUGACAAGCGUGGCCAAAAGCAUCUUAAAAAUAAGCAGGGCCCUAGGCGGGUAUAUCAAGAUGUGAAUACGGCGAGGUCAAAGGACCUACUCAUGGCUAUCGCGUCGGGUUCGCCUACUGCGCAUUACAAUAAUGACAGCGAGAUUGCUGAGAGUGAAGCUCUGGACAAGGAUCUCACAGAAAACGAUGUCGCGGACGACGAUAUUUCAGAGAAAGGACUCUCCCAGGACGAGAAUCUUGAAGGCAAGGCCACAAAGAGUGAGACUGGCGAUAGCGAGACUGUCGAAACCGAAAGAUAUCGCGGCCCUCCUCAAGGAGGAAGCAAGAUCACCCCGAAGAUCGUCAAUAUGGAGUUGAAAUGGUUAAAUGACCCCCACAAAAUGGCGGACCGAAUUGCACGUAUCUUGCACAGCGGUGAUCCAGCCUUGGCGGCGGCGAUAGUUCGUGCCGGAACCAAACAGGGAAUGAGAUGUGAUGCUGCUUGGAAUCACAUCUUGCAGUAUUGCAUGGAUCAAAAGAACCCGCAGGCUGCGUUCAAGUUUUAUAAUGAUAUGAAAAAGCGCGGCAGAAGACCGAGCCCAAGGACAUAUACUAUCAUGCUGAAGGGUUUCAGUGCAGCCCCGAUGUCAUUGGCCCUCGUCAAGACUGCCGCCGCCGUCUAUCGUUCGAUUGCCUCGCCGAAUUCCGGCGUCAAGCUUGAUAUCAUUCACACAAAUGCGAUGCUUACAGUUUGUCAUCGUCAUGGUGAUAUGGACCGACUGUGGAAGAUUGCCGGUGAGCUGCCCGAGGAAGGACACGGGGCCGCCGACGCUACCACAUACACCAUCAUCUUGACCGCUGUGCAAUUUGCGGCCCGCAGAGACAUCCAAAGCAUGUCUCCUGAUCAGAUUGAAAAAAUUCUGGAGCGGAAAUCUCAGGCCAUCACCGAAGGCAAACGGAUUUGGGCGGAUGUUAUCUAUCGGUGGAAGAAUCAAACAUUGGAAAUCGACAAUGACCUUGUGAACGGCAUGGCAAGCUUGCUUUUGGACGGUGCUAGUGAUAUUGAUUGCUACAAUGUUAUGGAAUUGUACAAGCAAACCAUGGGCAUUCCUAUCUUGCAAAAACGGCCCACCGAGAAUUCGAAAACAACCCGUCGCAGGAUCACUCAUGAGGAAAACCAGUCCAUUGAAGUGUCUGAGUCUAAGCGGCAACAAGCUAUGGAAGAUGUUCCGUUUGUGGAUGAAAACAACCAACCACUGGAGGCAACAAAGCCGGCCGAGGAAGACGAACAAUUUGUCGAAGAGGUGGCGAAGGUCGAGGAGGAACCAGAAGAGGAGGAGUCAUUUGAAGACCUUUUCAAGCCCGUGGUUCCAGAGGUGGAGGAGCUAGCAUUCCUCCGACCCAACAGCAAAGAACUGACACUUCUGUUGGAUGCGUGCUUUACCAUGACUCAAGGAACUGAAGGUGGCCUUGCCUACUGGAAACACUUGACAAUGGAUGACACCCACUAUCGAAUUAAGCCCGACACUUUCACGUACAUCCAAUAUUUCCGUCUGCUCCGCAUCUCCCGGUCCAGCAAAAUCAGUGUUAAAACCAUGAAGGAGCAAAUGGUUCCUUCCGGCCAAGCAACUGGAACAGCAUUUCACGUUGCUCUCAGCGUCUGUCGCCGUGAUCGCCGCAACCACUCAAUGCUUUUACACGCAAAUGAGCUGAUUUCUCUUAUGGACAAAGCGUUGAUUCUACCAGACAUUCGCGUCCUGGACGGCUACCUUGAAACAAUCCAAAUUCUUUCCACCAACCCAGCCGUUCUUCUGAACCUGAGAGGCCUCGGUACAGACGAGGACUCGAAAGGCCGCAGACUGCAAGACCUUGGAAGGAAACUUCAAGCGAAGCUGCGGCUUACUGCCCUCACCACGUUGCGUCCCUAUGUCGCUCAGCUCCACGAGGCAAUGGAGAACGGCAGACCCGAGUCAAAAACUCGAUGGAGUGCCAUCCAAAACCAACUUUCUGAUUCCGCCUCUGCUCCAGCGGCCGUGAAGUUCAUGUCGCGGGUUCGUCUGGUUGUCGACGAUACACUGAAGGACGAUUAUAAGGCGUUCAUUUCAAAGGCGGAGCGCAAGUCUCUGGAAGCUGAAUCGCAGAUGCUGAAGAAAUACUCCGACAGGCAGGUCAUUGAACACUUCAAGAACAAGAUUGUCUACCCUACGUCUGAUCAGAAGGAGGAGGCUAGGGAGCGUAUCGCCAAGUACAGGGAAGAGUUCCGUUUUGGAAAUAUGAGUGAGUUGGAUCCACAGCCUUAG